AUGGAGGUCUUCCGAAUCUAUGAUGAGUUGGCUGACCCGUUGGGCCCUGAGCUGUGCUUUCUGGGAUUAGAGAAUGUCAAGUCGAUCCUGGGAUCGAAGCCAGCGAUGCGCAAGAUCAUGUGGGUGAUUGUGCAGGAGACCUCCAAACGUGGACUGCAUCUGUCGUGGAGCACGGUCUUCUUGAACAAUGUCGGGCUGGAGGCCAAGCGUGGUCGGGUCUUCUUCUUGGCCAAACGUGUUGGAUGCAAGCUCUGGCAGGAUCAACUCCGACCUCUGCAAGAGAUCAUCCCUGCUGAGUGGAACCGACUGAGCAGGUCUUUGACAACCGUGGUGCCCGUGACUCUUUUGUCGGAGAAGUUCAUUCGCGCUACCAACUCAGCAGAGACUACCCGUGAAUUCUGCAGAAAGAUUUCCGAAACAUGUGGGCAGUAUUGCCUAGUGGCACCUUUCGUAGAACUUGGAACUGCGCUCACUAUGGGCAAAUCCGUGGCCCAUGGCGUUUUGUUUGAUGAGUUGAACGUUCGCCCUGAAGAUUGCAUGCUCCAGGCUGUUCACACCAAAGGCUUGGCUUCUUUUGUUCAAGAGCGGGGAACUGUAGAAAACUGGAAGCAAUGCUUGAAGGAAGUGAAGAUCUCUUGCCACUUCAUUUCCGAUUGUUUGUGGUCAGAUGAGUGGGAUUCUGUGCCAGACCCUUGUCUGGAGACGCUGGGCAAUGCAGCUACAGUACUCGAGGAUUUGAUGCUGCUUUUGGAGAUGUCGAUUUCUGGUGCACAGAAGACAGCGGAUUCUGAGGCAGGGAUUCCUCUUCGUGAAGAGGCGAGUUCAAUCCCUUGA